AUGUUGGGUGAAGAGAUUCCAAGCUCCAUUCGACCAGGCGACGACGGCGGAAUCCUCUCGAUCAGCUGUCGAUUGGCUGUCCUGCUAACGCAUUCGAUUCCAGUGAACAGCGAGAAACGGGCUCUCUUGACCCAGCAAAAGUGUGAAAUGAACAAUCAAAUGGUGCAAAUGAUGGCUUCCGGGUACAAGGUUGGCGUCAACGCCUCAAGAUCCCACGUCCAAUUAGACGUGCCGAAUGGACUAAAUUGCUCGUCAAAUCGGAUUAUUUCUGCAUCUGAUUGA